CAACAGGCUGCGCAGGGGACAGGAUCUAAGAGAACAGGAAUCCCUGUGUGUGUGUGUCUGUGUGUGUGUCCAAGAGUGAAUGAGUGAAAAAGGAGUACAUAAAUCUGUCUUAUAGAAACCUCCACGCUGGACAUUGGGCUCAGGACUGGAAGAUACAGAGAGGUUAUUCUGAGGAAGAAGAGGAGCUACACUGUCAUAUUUUCUAUCUGAUUAAAAGGGGAAGAAGAGGAGAAAGGGACAUGUCACGUGCAAUCCCGAGAAGAAACACCAGCAAGCAAGGUUUGCAGAACCUCUUGAAAAUCACCACCCAAAGGAGCGUUGAGGAUGCAGAGGAAGUGGAGCGAGAGCGUCGGCGCAGGGCCCGGGAGUCCUUCCGCAGUAUGGGCAGCAGCAGCACCUCGGACCCUGGAGGCCCUUCACUGGACAAUGUGGUACUGGCUGAGGACGGCCUGUAUGAGAGUGAUCUGAAGCCUAGCAGCAGCUCUCCUUCUAUGGAGGAGGACGAGGGCUUCAGUGACUGGAGCCAGCGGUUGGAGAGACGCCGGCAGCAGGCCCAGCGCAUGGAGGAGCUCAGUCAGGCCCCAGAGGAGCAGGACCAAAGGCCCCUGAACGGUGCCGCAAAAGCCCCCACACCACAUACCCUCUCUGCCUCAGCCACCCCCACCACAUCCACCUCUCGUCUGCAGAGACAACACAAGGCAGAAGCGGAGGAUGAGGAAGAGAAGAAGUUGGGAAGAAAGGAAAGUGAGAGGAAAAGGAGGGAGCGAGAGGAGGUGGAGAGAGAAGAGAGGGUGCAAAAGGAGAGGGAGAGAGAAGAGGAGGGAGCGAAACAGAGGCAGGAGAAGAUGAGGGUGCUCAAGAAGAGAGAGGAGGACCAAAGACCAGAUGCUAAGGAGAUGUUCCAGUUGAAGGAGAAGAGAAAAGAUGUGAAGGUCUCCUACACAUCCCAAGUCGUCCUGCAGACGGAGGCAAAGCAUGCUAACACCAACGGAGACACAGCUGGGGAGGAAAUGACAUCAUAUAUGGCCAAAACCAAAUUAAGAGCUCCCAGGGCUGUGGUACAAGUGGCAGUGGUCGCGCCUGAGGAGGAGGCGGAGGCCAUCUUAGAGGCCAAGCUGGUGAAGAUCCGGCGUAGCCAAGCAGAGAAGGAGAACCAGGAGCUUGAGCAGCUCAGACACAAGCAGGCUGAGGCCGAGCAGGAGCUGGAGGAGCUGAAGAGGAGGAGGGAGGAGAGACGCCAGGUCAGGGAGGGGGAGGAGCGCAGGAGCAGGGAGGAGGAGCAGCAGCGCCUGGCCAAGGAGGAGGAAGAAAAGAGGAGGAUGAAGGAGGACAUAGAGAGGAGGAGGAUGGAGGCAGCAGAGAGGAUGAAGAGCCUCAGUACCUCCAGUGUGGACGGAGAUGAGUUGUUUAGCCCGCUCAGUCCCAAAGGCUCCAUCUACAAGAUCACAGAAAGAACAGAAUCCUUGAACCGGUCCCUAAAGAAAAGCAACAGCUUCAAGAAGACACAGCCCCCUGUUCUCCUCGCCAAGAUCGAUGACAGGCUGGAGCAGUACACCCACGCCAUUGAGUACUCCCAGGAGGCCAAGGCAGCCAAACAGGGCCUGAUGGACAUCCCCAUGUCACCUGAGGCAGUGUCCUCCAAGAAGCACUUGUUUGAGGCUGGAGAGGCUUGGAACCAGAGCCCGUCCAAAGGCACACCAUCCAAGGAUGUAAAAGCUGGUGACGUGAUGCAGAAAAAGAACAUGUGGGAGAUCAUUGGAGAAACAUCCCCUGGGAGAUUAGGGGCAAAGGGCAAUCCAUCUGGUAAAAGGUACAAAUUUGUGAUGACUGCUCAUGGCAAAUAUGAGAAGAUUCCUGUUGAUGAUGAUGAAUAUAUGGAUGAAUACACCAAUGGAAAAGCAGACCUACCCCAUGGUGAAUAUUGAAAAACAUGUGUUGGUGGCAAAGACUUUCUUCUCAAGACGGUAUGAACUUCAACAACACCGGUCAGCUUGUCAGCAAGCCCUGUGAUGAUAUCCGGAAGUAGCAUACCUUUAUACCUUUCCUACCACCUUUAGUAGGUAACUUUAGAGAACUUUUCAAAUGGUUAGCCGUUGCUUUGUUUUGUGUAUCUGUAUAUUCACUUUGUACAAAGCAAUGAGAACUCCCCAAUUCCAUUUCAUCUUCAGACAUAAACUGAGUGUACAAAACAUUAAGAACAUCUGCUGUUUCCGUGACAUAGACUGAUCAGAGGAUCCAGGUUGAAAGCUAUGACCCCUUAGCCACUUGUCACUUGUUUAAGCCACUUCAAUAGGUGUAGAUGAAGGGGAGGAGAUACAUUAAAGAAGGAUUUUUAAGCCUUAAGACAAUUUAGACAUGUAUUGUGUGUGUGCCAUUCACACACCGGUUUGUGUCAAGAACUGCAACGUUCCUGAAUUUCUCACGCUCAACAGUGUGUUCUGGUGUGUAUCAAGAAUGGUCCACCACCCAAAGGACAUCCAGCCAACUUGACACGAACUGUGGGCAGCAUUGGAGUCAACAUGGGCCAGCA